UGACCACGACGCAUCUCGAUCCCGUAUUGAAAGGUCACAAGAGAAAGUGGUAGCUGCGCAUCAGUAGCAACGGCGUUACUCACCGUAAUAUAUUUCCCACCUUCACAUGCAGUCAAUCACGCGUACCUACCCCUUUGGUCCUGUGCAGCCGUGCAUAUAAACCAAAAGAUCCAUUCAUGUCCAUCCAGAAAAAAAAAUCAACAAAGGAAGAGCAGCGAGCCAAAGCAGAAGACAACAAAUGGCAAAACCGACCGUCGUCCUGCUACCCGUGUGGGGCGCCGGCCACUUCAUGCCGAUGAUCGAGCUCGGCAAGCGGAUGCUCCGGUGCAGCGACGGCGCGCUCUCGCUCACGGUGCUCCUCAUGCCGGCCCCGACGGCCCAGGCCGUCUCCGACAUUGCGGAGCACGUGCGCCGGGAGGAAUCCGCCGACAUCCGUUUCCACCACCUCCCGAGCGUGCCGCUCCCGGCCGACCACACGGGCGUCGAGGAGUUCAUCUCCCGCAUCGUGGAGUCCCACGUGCCGCACGUCAUGUCCGCGGUGUCCGCCCUGUCCUGCCCCGUGGCCGCGCUCGUCGUCGACAUCUUCUGCACGCCGGCCUUCGACGUGUCCUCCGCGCUCGCCGUCCCGGCCUACGUGUACUUCGCGUCCGGCGCCGCGAUGCUGGCGCUGCUGCUGCGCUCGCCGUCGCUCCACGAGGAGACGGAGGCGGAAUUUUUCGAUGAUUCCGCGGUGUUGGACGUGCCCGGGCUCCCGCCGGUGCCGCCGUCGUUCCUUCCCGCGACGAUGCUGGACAGGAAGAAGUCGACUUACACAUGGUUCGUGUACACCGGGAGGCGUUACACGGAAGCCAGCGGCUUCAUCGUCAACACGGCAGCCGAGCUCGAGCCGGGGGUUCUCGCCGCCAUCGCCCCGACAGUGUACCCAAUCGGGCCAGCCAUCUCAUUCCCAGCCGCUGCUGAGAAUAAUCCGCAGCCGCACGAGUGCAUCCGGUGGCUCGACGCGCAGCCUCGUGCCUCCGUGCUGCUGCUCUGCUUCGGGAGCAAAGGGAUCCUGAGCACGCGGCAGGUGCACGAGAUAGCGCACGGCCUGGCACGCAGCGGGCACCGGUUCCUGUGGGUGCUGCGUGGGCUGCCGCUGGACGCCACGCAGGGCGCGCGGGAGGCCAGGGACGCGGACCUCGACGAGCGUCUCCCGGAUGGGUUUCUGGAGAAGACGAAAGGGAUAGGGCUGGUGUGGCCCAAGAGAGCGCCGCAGAAGGAGAUCCUGGCCCACGCCUCCGUGGGGGGCUUCGUCACCCACUGUGGCUGGAACUCGGUCCUGGAGAGCCUGUGGUUCGGCGUGCCGAUGCUGCCGUGGCCACUCGAUGCUGACCAGCAUUUGAACGCGUUCACGUUGGUUUACGACAUGGGCGUCGCCGUGCCGUUGGAGAUGGGCGGGAGGCAGGAGCCUUACGUCGAGGCGGCGGAGCUGGAGCGAUCCGUGAGGUCCCUGAUGGGGGGCGGCGAGGAGGGGAGGAAGGCGAGAGAGAAGGCCAUGGGGAUGAAGGCCCUGUGCCGGAAGGCCGUCGAGCAGAAUGGCUCUUCUUAUGUUUCGUUGAAGAGGCUCUCCGAGGAUGUUCUUCGAGGUGCGGUGCUGCCGAAAAAUGAGCCUGAUCACUUGUCAAAAUAACCCAAACCGGCCGUGUUACCCGUGCAUUUGUGUGACCACAACACAUCCUUGGUUAUUUGGGCUCCUCAGUUCGUAGGAUAUGCACUGGUGUUGGUGCCAAUGUGCCAUGAAUGCCGUUUCGCGUGGUCCUUAAAUGUACCUGCAAAGCCUCUUAUUUUCUAGUUGUAUCUUUUCUAUUAUUGCAUUGAGUUGUUGUGAGUUUUUUUUUUUUUUUGAGGAACAGUUGUUGUGAGUUCCACCUGUGUGGAACCCGGUGUUGAAAUUGGAUCCUUUAUUACACAGAUUGUUUCGCAGAAGUUUGAAGAAAGUGCAAUGCGUUUUGAAACCUUGAA